CUUAUCCUGACUCCUAACAGCGGCUUAAUUUAAAUAACCAACAUUAACUCAUAAUCCUAUUUUAAGCCGGAUUUUGGUGUUGACCACAGAACAUUCUAGUCUAAUCUCGACAAAUUCAACUUAACUCUAUCCUUUCAAGGAUCCAUUCGUGAGUAAAAUCCAAACGCGUAUAGAAGAUGGUUGAGGUUAACGAUGGUCGCCAUUUUAAAAAUCCUUACCAGGAUUAUAUACCUGGAGACCAGCUUAAAGUACUUUCAGUAUUUACUUGUGCACCACGUUCCAGGUGGGAGAUACGAACAUCCCAAACAAAAUUGUCGAACUGUUAAAUGUUCUGAAUUCGAAUUUCGAGAAGUUAUCGUCGUCUGACGUAUCAAUGUACACGGGCUUGUCAGGUGUUGGACUAUUCUACAAUUUCCUAUCACAAUGCAAAUGUGAAUUAUUAGACAGAAAGAUACGUGAAAAUGGUGUUGUAUGUACUGAGAAGUUGUUAAAUCGAUGUCUGCGUCAUAUCGACUUGAAGAAGUUAUCUAAAAAUAUCAGUGUUUACACUAGCCCGAUCGGUCCACUGUGUUUAGGUGCUUUAUCAUCAGUCAAGCAUGGAAGUGAGAAUACAGAGGCAAAGAAGUUCGUAGAAGACAUUUUGUCGGCGAGUAAAUAUGGCUUGGAUGUGGACUGUGGGAUGCCUGAUGAAGCGUUAUAUGGACGUACUGGCUAUCUAAAUUGUUUGGUAACACUUCGAGAAAAUAAUUUCGACAUCCCUGUUUCUGUUGUCUCGUCGAUAACCGAUGCUAUAUUGAAGUCUGGUCAGAAAACAGCUGGUGCUUACAAAUCGAAUGGUUUUUAUGAUCGAUUGAUGUAUCAGUCAUCGAAACGAAAUUUGUGCAUGCCACCAUUGAUGUUCGAAUGGCAUGAUAAAUGUUACCUUGGUGGAGCACAUGGUUUUGCUGGUAUCUUGACUACUCUACUGAAGGUAUAUCGUUUGUUUCCUGGUAGCAUAUCAUCACAUUCCUUAAACCAGUUAAUUCUACCUACUGUUGAUUGGAUGAGUCAACUUCAGAUAAUCAGUGGAAAUUGGCCUUCUAGUUUAGGGGAUAGCUUAAAUCGUGAUGUAUUAGUUCAUUGGUGUCAUGGUGCAACGGGUGUUAUUCCGCUUAUGCUCUCAGCCCAUAAGAUUACAGGUGAAAAUAAAUAUUUGAAGUGUGCAUUAGAUGGAGGAGAAGCUGUAUGGACUCGUGGUCUACUUCAUAAAGGCUGUGGUCUUUGUCACGGUUCAGCUGGUAGUGGUUUCGCUCUAUUAGAGAUUUAUCAAACAACUCAAGAUCCCAAAUAUUUGUAUAGAGCUAUAAAGUUUGCUGAAUGGUGUACUGACUGUUUUAAAAAUGCUACUCGCGUUGCUGAUCGUCCGUACUCACUUAUGGAAGGUCUUGCUGGGACACUGUACUUCCUUGUUGGUAUUUUGGAUCCAGUUAAUUCGAAGUUUCCUCUACUAAGUGGAUUGUGAAUAGAAAGAAACAAUGAUUUUAUUUAUAUCUAUUCAACUAACUUUGUUUGUUAUUUUGUAUUCACAUCUAUUUGUUCAUCAUUCACUAAGUUUAUGAGAAAAUGUUAUUUAAGUCUCGUGUCUGCCGAAUAGUUCACAUUUGUUUUAACGAUAUUAUAUUCAGUGUAUUUUGUGUUGUAUACUCUGUUUAGUCUAAACCCGUGUGUGAAAAUGCCAGUUUAAGGCAUACUGUGUAUAUUUAAUGGUGUUGAUUGUUUGAAUAUUUGAUGAGCAUCGUACUGUG